CCGACAGUUGAUACAGGGACAUGCACCAUUGUCUUGAGAUCCCUGAGCUCGUGGAGGAAAUCUUUCUUUAUCUUAAUGCCAAGACGCUGGCAUCGCUCGCGCGCACAUGCAAAUCGCUCCGUGAGCCGGCUUUGGAUGAACUCUACUGCGAGACCAUGAACUUGGGGGAUCUCUUUGGCGGAAUGAGGUUGGGCAUCAGUUCGGCGGGAGAGUAUCAAGAUGUUAAUGCACGGGCGCAUAUUCGGCCAGCUGCCCGUCAAACCCAGGAUGUUCUUGAGGGUUCCAUGUCCCAGAAAAUACUCGCAAAUGUGGCCAGGCGGUAUGACUGGCGACCUUUCUUGAGGCUUUCUUCUAGGGUCAAUGUUCUACACCUCAUCAGUCCCGAUUUUGGGGAGUCUUCAAUUCGAACACCUCCGAUACACUACGGCAUACUCAAUGCGGCACUAUCCUACACCCCGGGCGAGUCGGUGUUGUUCCCAAGUUUGAGACACUUGUAUAUCGACCCGAGCAAUCUAAACACCAUUGUUGCCGGUAGCUCACGCACGGCAUCAUUGGCAUAUUUCCUCGUCCCCACCCUUCUUGAUAUCACCUUCGAGGGAAUGGUGCCAGGCGGAACCAUCAGAGUCAUCAGUCAACGAUGCCCAGCUCUCAGAUCCCUCCAUCUUUCAAAUAGCUCUCUCUCUAUCGUACCUGGCGACGGCUGUACCCUUUCUCAGCUCUCAGAAGCUUUUUCGAGGAUGCAAACGCUCGUGUCCAUCACUAUGCAACCCCCAAGUGGUGCUAGCUACAACGAGUGGCUGGCUGCUAUCGCGCAUGCUCCGUGCUUGCGAACACUCCAGAUAGACAUGGGAACCAUACAGGUUACCGUUACGAACCAACACCAUCGCAUUGUGUUCCCUUCUCUUACCAGUCUCUGCGUGUCCGCAUGGACGUAUUCGGCCGUCUGCCAACUCUUUGAUGGAACAUACAACUUCAGUUCUGUGACACAAAUCAGUCUGGAUACGUUGGCUUCUGCCCGUAAUGCUCUGACGAGCUUCGUUGGGAUUAUCGCAGAGACGCUGUCUCCAGAACGCGUGACAAGAAUAUCCAUCUCUACCCAGUCAAGAAUUCAGAGGGGAGAAUUUCCCACGAUGGAUGAUAUACGACCUCUUUUCAUAUUUUCCAGCCUCACGGACCUUCGCAUCGAUUCACCACGAGCACCUGUCAUGGAUGAUACCGGUCUCGAGUACCUGUCCCUAGCAUUUCCUCGCCUCCGUACCUUUCAUUACUCAUGGAAACCCCGCGAAGAUGACCAUCUACUCCAGACCAUCACAUUUUCAGGGAUACGCACAAUCAUCGCCAACUGCCGUGAGCUCCAGGACGUUUACCUUAUCGUUGACGCUCGCGUCUCUCAUAAUCCGCCUCUCGAGUAUAUAACAAUGGUGGAACCGCACAUCUCGCGUGUAACGCGGCUGUCCCUGGAGGCCUCCCCGAUCGAUGAUGUGGCAUACACAGUUGCGUGUAUCAGGGCGCUGUUCCCGUACCUUGUGAACUUCUUGGCCCAAGGCUCGGACGCUGAGGCGAAGGUAAUUUGGAAAGAGGUCCACUCGGAGCUUUGGUGCCGACGAGAGCGGCAUAAUCAAGGCCGAGAACCAAUGAUGGCUUCAUCCUGAGCAAACAUGUAUAGAUAUGUAUAUCAGAUGUCCGCUAUUCACCUUAUUGGCUUCGCAGUAGAUCUAGCGAGGAAUUUUAUGACGG